AUGGUUAAAUCUGAUUAUAAAGUUGAUAAAAAGAUUUUUUCCAUUACUUUGGAUAAUGCUUCUUCUAAUGAUACUUGUGUUGAACACUUGAAAAGUACUUUGGAUGUGCAUGGUUCAUUGUUGUGUGGUGGUGAAUUCUUUCAUGUUCGUUGCUCUGCUCAUAUUUUAAAUCUUAUUGUCCAAGAUGGAAUGAAAAUAUGUGGUGAUGCAGUGUGUAAGAUUAGAGAGGGUAUUAAGUUUCUGAGAAAAUCUGAAAGUAGAAUGGUUAAGUUUAAAGAAUGUUUUGAAGAUAUUGAGGGACUUGAGUAUACGACUGCAUUAUGUUUAGAUGUUCCUACUAGGUGGAAUUCACUUUAUGCAAUGCUUGCAAGUGCUAUUCCUUAUAAGAAAGCUUUUGAAAUGUAUAAAGUAAAAGAAGCUGGGUUUAGGGAGUAUUGUCCUUCAUCAGAUGAGUGGAGAAGAACUGAAAAGAUAUGUGAUUUCUUGUUACCAUUUUACGAAACUACCAAGUUGAUGUCUGGAACUUCUUACCCAACAUCCAACUUGUAUUUUUUACAAGUUUGGCAAAUCCAGCUGAUUUUAAUGAAUAGUUUGAAGAAUGAUGAAGUGCUUAUAAGGAACAUGGGAGAAAAAAUGAUGAUUAAGUUCAAGAAAUAUUGGGAAGAAUACAGUGUUGUUCUUGCAUUUGGGGCAGUUCUUGAUCCUAGAUUUAAACUCAACACUUUGGUUCAUUGCUAUAAUGAGAUUGAUCCUAUUAGUGUUAAAGACAAAGUGGAGCAUGUGAAGAGUAAGUUAUACAAGCUUUUUGAGGUUUAUGACCAAAAUUCCUCUACAACUGUGGAGAGUUCUUCCCAACUUUCAAGUAAUUUUUCUCAGGCAAUAUCUUCUGCAAUUGGAACUCAGCUUAUUAAAAUUGUUGGUGAUUUGAUGUCCCGUAAUCAAGAAGCUGAAGUGAAAAGUGGAAAGAACCAACUGGAUAUUUAUUUGAGUGAGGCAACAUUAUUUUGCAAUGAUGCAAUCAUUGAUGUUUUGCAAUGGUGGAAAGACAAUCAUCAUCUCGACCGUUGCAUUCUUCAUGAUAUUAGGUCUGGCCAACUUAAUACUGAUGAUUUGUGUAUACGAGAACACUAG